AAUUGUUAGCAUAGAAGAGUUAUUGAAAAUUAAUCGAUAAUGAUUAGUAAUUGAAAAUGUCAAUUUUUUUUUUUUUUUAUCAUAGAAAUGAAAUUGAAUCAUUUAAUUCUAAGAAUCAAUCAAUUUCAAAAAAUUUACGUGGGCUGAUGAGAGAAUUGUUGUCAAAUUAUACACAGAUAUCUAAGUCUUACAUAAAGGCACUUCACCCACAUAACAGAAAACUGUAAUUCAAACUCAAUAAUGAAACACAAGCACAAACUCCGCCAAGCGAUUGACUCGCUUUACUCUUGUGGCCAAGUUACUACUGAAGAAGUAUACACUCGCCUCGUGCUCGAAUGUGCACGCGCCGGUGAUGUUGAAGAAGCCAGGAGAUUGGAGUCCCAUAUGUUACUCCAUUCAUAUCAACCCGCCAACACAUUCCUUGAAAAUCGUCUCCUUCACUUGUUUGCGAAAGCCGGGAAGUUAUCUUACGCCCGCAACCUGUUCGAUAAAAUGCCCAAAAGAGAUAUUUAUUCUUGGAACGCUAUGCUUUCUGCGUAUGCAAAAUCUGGGUCGAUCGAGAAUUUGAAAGCAGUGUUCAAUCAAAUGCCAUCUCGUGAUUCUGUUUCAUAUAAUACGGUGAUUGCGGGUUUUGCUGGUAAUAGUUUUUCGCAUGAGGCAUUGGAGGUUUUUCUUAGAAUGCAAGAAGAUGGAUUUGAGCCUACCGAUUAUACUCAUGUGAGCGCCUUAAAUGCAUGUGCACAAUCAUUGGAUUUGAGACGCGGGAAGCAGAUUCAUGGGAAGAUUGUUGCUAGUAAUUUAGGAGGUAAUGCUUUUGUCUGGAAUGCUCUUACUGAUAUGUAUGCAAAGUGUGGAGAAAUUGAUAAGGCGAGGUGGCUUUUCAGUCGGAUGAAUAAUAAGAACGCAGUUUCAUGGAAUUUGAUGAUUUCUGGAUAUCUGAGAAAUGGGCAGCCUGGGAAAUGUAUUGAUUUGUUUCGUGAAAUGCAGGUACUGGGCUUCAGACCUGAUGAGGUUACAGUUUCAAAUGUUCUUUCAGCUUACUUUCAAAUUGGGUGUAUAGAUGAGGCAGAGAAGUUAUUCUGUGUAAUAAGAGAAAAGGAUAAGGUUUGUUGGACAACAAUGAUUGUUGGUUAUGCGCAACAUGGGAAGGAAGAGGAUGCUUUGAGGUUGUUUGGUGAUAUGCUUCUAGAGAAUGUAAGGCCUGACUGUUUUACUGUCUCAAGUGUGGUUAGUUCUUGUGCCAAACUAGCGUCUCUCCAUCAUGGUCAAGUUGUUCAUGGGAAAGCCAUUAUUUUGGGGGUUGAUGACGAUUUGCAAGUGUCUAGUGCCCUUGUUGAUAUGUAUUGUAAAUGUGGAGUUACUAAUGAUGCUUGGAUCAUAUUCAAUAUGAUGCCGGCCAGGAAUGUGGUUUCUUGGAAUUCCAUGAUCAAUGGUUAUGCACAAAAUGGACUAGAUUUAGAGGCUCUGGAUCUGUAUGAAAAAAUGCUGAUGGAGAACUUAAAACCAGAUAGUUUUACUUUUGUAGCUGUUCUAUGUGCUUGUAUCCAUUCAUGUUUAUUUGAGCAUGGGCAAAAAUAUUUUAAUUCAAUCAGUGAAAUCCAUGGAUUAACACCUUCUCUGGGUCAUUAUGCCUGCAUGGUUAAUCUCCUAGGUCGUUCAGGUCAAAUGAAGGAAGCAGUGGAUCUGAUUAAAAGGAUGCCCCAUGAACCGAAUUCCCUAAUUUGGUCCACACUUUUAUCUGUUUGUGCUCUAAAAGGUGACAUCAAGCAUGGUGAGAUGGCUGCUAGGUUUCUCUUUGAAUUAGAACCACUCAAUGCUGGUCCUUACAUCAUGCUUUCAAACAUGUAUGCUGCUGGUGGGAAAUGGGAAGAAGUGGCUUCCAUUAGGUCUCUCAUGAAAAACAAUAAUGCUAAGAAGUUUGCUGCUUACAGUUGGAUUGAGAUAGAUAACAAGGUCCACAAGUUUGUAUCGGAGGAUCGAACACAUCCAGAUACAAAUCUUAUAUAUGAAGAAUUAAGAAGACUGGUCAAGAAGGUACAGGAAGCUGGCUUUACUCCAAACACAAAAUGGGUUCUACAUGAUGUUCGGGAAGAAGAAAAGUUUGAAUCUAUUUGUUACCACAGCGAGAAACUUGCUUUGGCAUUUGGUUUGAUCAGAAGACCUCGUGGAGUGACACCUAUAAAGAUUAUGAAGAACAUUCGAGUUUGUGGUGACUGCCAUGUCUUUAUGAAGUUUGUGUCUAAAAUUAUUGGAUGUCCUAUUAUAUUGAGAGAUUCUAACAGAUUCCAUCAUUUUGAAGGAGGAAAUUGCUCUUGCAAGGAUUACUGGUAAUGAGCAUUCCCUGGGGAAGAGACAUAUGCUUAGUCUUCAUACAUAUAAGUAUGAAAAGAAACCUGCUUUAGCCAGGAUGGACAAUGUAAAGAAGCAAGAGCAAUCUUUAUAUACCCAUUUAAAAAGGGCAAAAAUCAUUUAGAUUCUGGAAAACUAACAAGAAGAAUAUUACAGGAACUUCAAAUUAUAUAGGACAUCUACACUCUGAGAAACUGAAAUGCUUUUGGGAUAACUAUCAGUACAGAAAUUCUUAAAAAAUCCCCAAUGAAGGCUGGAAUAAUUUUCUGACCUAAAACUACAGAAAUUAGGAGGAAUCUCUGAAGAUGCAUAGAGUUCAAAGUGGACCAAUGUGAGGGCUCAUUGAACUUGGUUGUUUAGAAGGUACAAAAUGUGAGAAGCACGAUACAGAUAUGGCAAGGACACAGUAAUAUUUGUCGACUUUCUUAUUUUCAUUUAAUGUUUCUCAGUGAGGCUUGAUACGUAACGAUUAUGAUGACCAUGAAUUCCAGAGGCAUCUCUGAUUUUCAAGGUAACACAUGAAUAAUUAUACUUUGUCUGUUAUACUGGCAGAAGAAGGCAAGGGGGAAUGGACGGGGGAAGUAGGUCAACCGUCUCAUAUAUUAUACAGAAAGAUCAAUAAUGUUACUUCCAUCGCAGCCUAGAUGGAUGGAGGGACAUUUUUUUUAUGGGGUCUUGAUAAUUUAAUGAAAAAUCGAGUUCCUGCAAGAUAUUUAGGUACCAGGGGGGGAUACUGGAUUUAUAUUGUUGCUGUGAGCACCUUAUGGCCUACAGUUGGGGAAUAAUUUCUGUAGCUUUCUAUUAACUUGAUGUGAUGAUCCGUGCGAACCAGUUGACUGAUGGAUGUAGCCAUCAGCCCAAAUGAACACAGUCGACAAUGGAUUGUGCACAGUGCUAAUUUGAUUCGAUGGACCAAGAGAGUUUAUUAUUGGGCUUAUUUUUCCUAUUUUGUUUCGGAUUUGAUGCAUUGGAAUGAUAAUUUUGGUUGGUUAAGAUUUAUGCACAUGCCACCUUUGUUAUGGGGUUCAAAAUAACCCAAGAUUAUUCUAUUACUUUAACCUUUAUUAUUGA